AGACCCACAACCGCCACAGAUCAGUCCACUAAUCAGAUUGAUCGAUGGUCCACCACAUUCGCGCCACAUUGGGUGACCAAAUUUAAAGCGUAACAACAAGAUCUAGCGUCAUGUCGCCUGCCAGCGAGACAGGCACAUCAUCCACUCCGCCACGCGCCAAUGCACAAACUCAUGUUGCUAGCACAAUAGAAUCUACCCCAAACAGCCGUGGGGCUUCCGUCAUCAGCGAGAACAUCGGCGUGCUCGGUGCCAGGGUUAAAAAAGUCCGCCCAUGGAUUCAGCGUGAUAUCGAGCAGGUUAAGGAGUGCAAGGCAGAUUCCAUGCUGCAAGCCCUCUUGCAGCGCGCUUCUUUCGCGCCCGAGACUGAACAACCCGACCUUCUGCAAAACUGCCUCAAGGCGGUUCUGCCGGUUUGCAAUGGACAGUCUUGCACUGCACUCGUAAAGUCUUCGGAUAUUGAGACAGCUUUCAAUGAAUAUGUAUGUCCAGGAGCCGAAAACAAGUUCUACGGCCCUUUUAUAAGAGCCACUAACAUUGCUCUUGCGUGUCUUGAAGAGGUCAAGGUUGACGGGAUGCGUGCUGCUGUCCCCGCCGUAGACAUGAUCUGUCAGCAGAACGAUAUGCCUAUGUACCAAACCCACCAGACCGCGAAAUCAACUCGGAAGCCCUGACGUCGUUAUUCUUCCUUUGAACAGCGCAUGCGCUCCCUUCCAGGAUGAGAAGCAUGGCAAGAAGGGCGGCAAUAAAGGCA